AUGGACACCAAUGCGCUUAUUGAUCUCGUUCACGAGGUGCAGGGCCAGCUUUGGGUUGACAAAGUGAAUGAGGCCUACCGAACGGGCCGUCUCUGCCAAUGGGUGUCAACUUUCCAUCCUGACAAGCUUCCUUGUCGACUUGAUGGCACGUUUCAUCAUGGAGCAUUUAAUGCCUGCAUGAAGAUGGUCUUCAGCGACAGCACUGCCUGGAUGGUUCGUUUUCCUCGUGUGGGGAUGGUCUGUGAUGCCUACACCGAUGAGAAAGUUGCCAUGGAGGUGACGGUCCUGAGUCUCAUCCGCAACAGGACUACCAUUCCCGUCCCAAGAGUCCAGGCGUGGGGUCUUGCUGCCAGCAACCCACUGGGUCUAGGCCCAUUCAUCAUAAUGGACUUCAUUGACGGGGUGAGCCUUAGCGACCUUCUCCAAGACCCUAACACUGAUCGGCCAAGCAGAGUAAUGAGGGAGGACAUCAGCGAUGGUGAUAUUGAAGUUAUCUACAGACAGUUGGCGAAUUUUUUGCUUCAGCUUUUCAAGCUUGAUUUUGACCAGAUUGGUAGCCUGCCAUCACCCCAGGCUGAAGCCCAAAGCCCUACACCACCACGGCCACUCACAUUCAAGGCACAUAGCAUCCUACAAAAUGGAGGAGUCGAUGUUUUUGGUGACCAAGCAGAGGGCUUUACAACGACGACUGAGUAUUUUCAAUAUGUUGUUGGCCAGGAUUGGGAGCAGCUUGUUCACCAGCCAAACUCGACCGUUGGUUUAUAUGAUGCUAAAAACAAAUAUGUAGCAUUUAAGGUCCUAAGAAGUCUGAUCCCUGACUUGGUCCACGCGAAGUACGACAGCUGCAAGUUCAAGCUGAUUUGUGAUGAUCUCGGCUUGGCAAAUCUCAUUGUCCGUGGCAAGGGAGACCUCACUGUUGUUGGAGUAGUGGACCUUGAGUGGUCAUACAUCGGACCUGCCCAGCUUUUUGGCUCAGCACCGUGGUGGCUUCUCCAGGACAGGCCCGUCAACAGCACAUGGGACUGCGAGGAUGACGAGCCACCUAUGAUUGCCGCCCGGUAUUUCAAAUGCCUAGAGAUUUUCAUACGUAUCUUAGAGGAGGAAGAGGCAAGAAUGCCAGGGCAUGAAGAGAGAGAGCUCUCCUGUCUUGUCAAGUGGUCGCAAGCCUCCGGGGCUAUGUGGCUGCACAUGCUCCUCUCAUCAGGCUUUAAUGACCAUCGCAGCUUUCCUUUUACGCAGCUGCGCCGACAUGUGGGGGAUACUAAGUGGGCGAAGCGUGAGAAGGAAUUUGACAACGCAGAAGAGCUUGAGGCAUUCGCGGUGUGGAAGGUGAGCGAGUUGGAUAAAUAUGACAGAGCCUUGGAAAAGGUGGAGGAGAACAAAGCACUUAUGGACAGUGGGAAUAUGACAAAGGAGGAGUUCAUUGCCAACGCUCUAAGAGAAUCAGGCUGCAUAUCAUGUUCCUCUUCGUUGGCGAUCAACGAUGAGAUGAGAAAAUGA